AUGCUCCGUGCCUCUGGCCUCUGUGCCUUCAGCCGUCUGCUGCUGCUGCUUCUGGCUCACGUCACCUGCACGGCCUUGCCCGGUGCGCUGGCGUACAACCUGGACGUGGCAGGCGCGGCACUCAUCCGGGGAGCCAAGGGCACUUUCUUUGGAUUCUCGGUGUUGCAGCAUGCCUAUGAGAAUGACACUUGGGUGUUGAUUGGGGCUCCUCAAGCGCAGUCAGGCGCUGAACGCUCUGGGGCCGUGUUUAAAUGCCACGAGGACGGCGCAGGAGGGUACAGCUGCAGCGAAUUACCCAUAGAUAAGCGGACUGGAAAUGUGUGUGGGACCUUAUGUCGGGAGACGCGUGCAGACCAGUGGCUGGGGGUGUCACUGGCGAGGGAGGCUGGUGGUGGCGACAGCAAGGUCAUGGCCUGUGCCCAUCGCCGGGCCAACGUAAACCCAGACGACAUCUUUCCUCACGGCAUCUGUUUUCUCAUUCCUCCUGACCUGAAGCCCGAUGCAGUGACUCACACCAGCCCCUGCAGUAUCGGUGCAGCCAACGCCCACGAUGAGAUGCGGCAACACGCCUCCUGCCAGGCUGGAAUGGCUGCCUCCUCGGCCACACAGAACUUCAUGGUGCUGGGUGGUCCUGGAUCCUUUAACUGGGCAGGCACUGUGAUGCUGCACAACGUGAGCUCCGGAUUGACGCACUUCUCCACCCCUGACACCGUCGUCACGAAGGACAGUUACCUUGGCUAUUCGGUAUCAGCUGGGAUUUUUUAUAAUCGAACGAGCCUGGGUGUCGUAGCUGGAGCUCCGCGUCAAGACAACGUGGGAAAAGUGUACCUGCUGACAUUAGUGGAGGGUGAACUGCAAAUAACAUGGCAAUCCUCGGGAAAGCAGCUCGGCUCGUAUUUCGGCUCCGCCACAUGCGCCGUGGACCUGGACGCUGACGGCCUGGCGGACCUGCUGGUUGGGGCGCCGCAGCACAGCGAGACGCGCGACGAGGGCAGGGUGCAUGUGUUCAUGAACGUCGGCCAGGGAAAUUUGGUAGAACGGAAGUCUCUUCUCUCUGGAGCCAAUGCAUACAACGCUCACUUUGGACAAGUCAUUGUGGCCCUGGGCGAUAUAAAUGAUGAUAGAUUUGAAGAUGUGGCAAUUGGCGCUCCGCAUGAAGAUGAUCUGCGUGGUGCUGUGUAUAUCUACAAUGGGGGGCCGUCUGGAAUGUCCCACUCUUUCUCACAGAGGAUCCUGGGUCGAAGAGUGAACGCAGAACUGAGCAUGUUCGGACAUUCCAUAUCAGGAGUCAUCGACAUGGACAGAAAUGGCUACCCAGAUGUGACAGUUGGUGCUUUUAACUCUGACGCUGCUGUGGUGUUCAGAGCUAAGGCGGUGGUGACGGUGAGAGCCCGCGUGUCGCUCCCAUCCACCGUUAACGCAAGCAGCUCGGUCUGUCCAGGCACUCAUCAACAAGUGACUUGCAUCAUCAUCAGGGUGUGCUUCACAGUCACCGGACGGAACCUACCCAGCGUAAUAGGCUUGCAGUACAACCUCACUGCUGAUAUCAGAAGACGGGAGCUGGGGUUCCAGUCCCGAAUGACAGUGGGAUCGCUCAACAAUUCUUCCAGCUUUGUAUCCAGGCAUAUGGCUGUGCGACUUGGUGACAAUUGCCAAGAGAGCCUAGGGAUUAUCAAGCGGGAAGUCGUCGAUGUGUUCCAACCGGUGGUGGUGGAGGUGACCUAUGGCCUCCUUGCGGUGGCUGCCGGGCCCAGUGAUGUCCACCCACCACCCCUCCAGCCCAUGCUGCGGCCAAGAGCAGAGGGACACGUGGCUUGGAGCCAGACUUUGCUCCAGUGCCACUCUGUGAACACAAACUGUACACCUGACCUCUGGGUGGAGGUGGUGUUUAUUCAUUCUGGCUCCGAGCAUCCUGGGAACAACGUGGUGGCUGGAUACACACGCACACUGCUGAUGCACGUUCGCGUACACAACCGCGGAGACACUGCACACGGCCCCUCCCUCUCUGUGGCUUUCCCACGGCCGCUGCACUACAUCAAGGCUCUCGUACAGGGCGAUGAGCCUCAUAGUUGUGCACCUAAAGCUUCGUCGCUGGUGUGCACCUUAGGACCCCAGUUGAUUGAACACAACUCAACGAGGAAAGUCGGCAUUAUGUUUGACACCAGCAUGCUUACCGGGGAUGAGGGAGAGUUGCCGUUUAAUAUAACUGUGAAAAGUGAGACUCCUGAAGCAGAGUCCACCCUAGAGGACAACUACAAGAAGGCUGUGGUCCACGUCACCAAUGCAGCUACAGCGAUCAUCAAUGGAACGGUGUCUCCAGCGUUAUUUUACUUUGGCAAAGCUGCCAAAGGGGACCAAACCUCAGAGUGCUUGCAACAGACGGUCAUCUUUUCAAUAAAGGUGACGAAUAUGGGUCCCAGCAGAGUGCGUGCGGCCUGGGUGCAGCUCCUGAUCCCUGGGCAAGUGUCGAGCAACACUCCCAAGCUGUUCUCUGUACUGGAGACCAAGGUAGGAGGCCAGGCAGCCGAUUGUGUAAUUGACGGUUCAGCUGAAAAUUGUCACCGCCCGGAUGUGAAAAGCAACCCUGGAUUUUUUCAAAACUUGUUCAACAUCAUCAAUUCAAAGCACCUGAAAGUGACAUGCGGUGGCAUGGCCAGGUGUGUGAACAUCACCUGCCCGCUCGGCAGCUUGCACAAGGGGAGCGUUCGUGAUGUGGACAUCAGGACCUUGCUGGACACACGCGUGCUGGAAAUGGACCGUGCGGCGUGGGUGCAGCUCGACGCAGAGGCGAGCGUCACGCUGCACGGAGUCGUCCCAGACGGCGGGCCCGCACGCACCACGGUCACCGCGGACGCCAAGUACGAGCUGCGAGAAGCGGUCGACGUUGUGACGUGGAGCGUUGUGCUCAGCUCUCUGGCAGGGGUGCUCGUGCUCAGCGCCAUCACGUUCGUUCUCUGGAAGGUUGGCUUCUGCAAACGAACGAUUCCAGUGGGAAAGCCUCGCCGGAGAAACGCCUACUGA